UCUUCCUGUUUGUUCUUUUGAAAGCUGUGUGAUUUUACGCAGAAUAUGCUGCUACCCUCCUAUAUCCUCUGUGGUGUUGAUUCAAUUUUGUGAUCUUAAUUAGCAGCGUCUCUUUACAAUGCCACUCUCGUCCCUUCUCCGCACUGCUUCCCGUCUGAGACCGACGGCCGCUCAGAAAGCGAGAAGAGCUGCAUCUACAGUGUCUUCGAGUACCCCCAAAACACAGAAUUCAUUGGAUUCGAUUCUCAUCGCAAAUAGAGGAGAAAUUGCUUUACGAGUCGGACGUACCGCGGCUCAACAUGGUAUCCGCGUAACUACGUUAUACACAGAUCCCGAUAGCCGGGCUCAACAUGCAUUGAGUUCCCCAUUCGCGUUCAAUCUAGGAUCGGUUUCAGCUUACCUCGACGGAGACCGUAUCAUUGAGAUUGCGAAGCGGGAGGGCUGUCAAGGGAUACACCCAGGCUAUGGUUUUGUAUGCUUUUCUAAAGAGACAAUGUGUAUCAAUGUGCUAACCUGUCUUUAGUUGAGUGAGAAUUCGGAGUUUGCGCGAAAAUGUACGGAAGCCGGGCUGGUCUUUAUUGGACCUCCAUGGAAGGCCAUCGAGGACA